UGACAUUUAAUAGUGCAAACAUGGCGUCGUGCAAUUAUUAGCAAUUUAUUAGGUUGCUGCAAUUCUAAUUAGUUUUCUUGUAUUUCAAGUGUUUCAAAAUUGUUUAAAUUGCAAUCAGAGCAUUUUCAAUUAUCGUAAAUUGUAAUAAUGUAAAAAUAUUGAGAAAUUUCAGUGCAACUUAUUUGAAAAAUCACCAGUUUAUGUCUGCAAAAUUUCAUUGCACAUCGCCGAUUGCUGUCAAAUGGUGAAAAAAAAGAAGAGCGAGACUGCAUAAAAAAUAGCAGCGCGCGAGCAGAGCUUUGACAGACAAAGCGGCGACAACAAAUGCAAAGUCUUCGACGCCAACGUCGACGUCGUCAGCGCGAGCAGGUGUCGUUGGCAGUGCUUAAUGAUGUUUGCUGCAGAAGCACUAAUGUUUUCAUAUUGUAAACAAAUGCAUAAACUACAUUGCACAAUAAAAUUUCAUAGUUCUCCUUAAUAAGUGUGGCAACUAAUUGGCCCCAUUUUUUUAUAACUAAGCAAAUGUGAGAAUAGGUAAUUGCAUUUUAAUUUGAAUGUGGCGAAAGCGCUUGCUAUAUUAAAUUACAAUUAAUUGCUAAGAAAUUAAUUGAAAUUGGUAAUUUGUUUUUGUGAGAAUAAAUAGCAUGUCGUUGCAAUAUUUUAUUGUAUGAAGUGUAGUGAUUAAAUAUUUUUACAAAAAUUUAUAUGCCAAUGGCAACGAGCUCAUCCACGGCAGCUGCAUCGGUAACAGCUGCCACAGCUACUUCUUCGUCUAUAAGCACAUUGAGUAGUGGUGCUAACAGUGGAAGUGGGAGUGCCCCUUUGAUUAAUACAAACCCAGCGCAAUUUCGAGAAAUACAUAAAAAUACUUGGCUUAAAAGAUUAACAGCUGAAGGCAAAAAAAUUACUGUAGGGCCUAAAAAAUCUGAUCGCAGCUGGGUUGUUUUUUGUGUGCACGAUGACACGGACGCCCUUUUGGAGGGAUAUGCAGAGCCUCGUCAGGCAGCUGCUCACAGUCCGGAGUGGAUCGUUUCGAUGCAGGACACUUUACACAUUUCGCAUGCACUCAUUCCAAAUUCACAUGAAUUCGAAUUUGUCGUCACGCUUGCUAAUGAAGUGAUACGCUUUCAUGCAAUGUCAUGGGAAAUUAUGCAGGAAUGGGUUGAGACGUUACGGUCUAAAUUGCGUGAAAUGAAAAUUCUAUCGCCGCGAGAGAAUCUUUAUACAAAGUUACCUGAAAUACGUGCACCACUCUUACCCACUCGUGAUCCAACAUCACCACUGCCGGCACCACCACCCGUACCAGCAGCAAUAGUACCAGGCGUUGAACGCAUUGUACCACCAAGUUUAGUUCAAGACAUUGCUACAAAUGAAACACUUUUAGAACGACCUAAUACUACAAUAGCAGUCACAACUUCUACUGUAGCACAAUCGUUGCCAACAACUACAACCAUUUCUAGUAGUAGUGGCAGAGUACAUCUGCCCACAACUACGCCAAACGUAAGCCACAGUGGUAGUAAUUCCUCAAUGUCCAAUGUAUCAAAUACUACACCUCAAGCAACGGCAUUACCAGCCCUUACCGCCAUGUCGAAUACACUUACACAGAAUCUCCUGAAUUUGCUUUCCGAUCCUAUUAGUGCGUAUAGCGAGCAAAUAAACGAUGCUUUACAUAUGGAGGAGAAUAACUUUAUACAUGAUACGAAUGACACUUAUUUUGACGAUGAGUUUCUUUCACCAAUUCUAAGAAAAUCACAACAAAGACAUGGAACGUCAACAAUUAGUUCUGGUAACAGUGUACGUGUAGAUAUCGGACAACGUGCAUCAGCAGAUCAAAUCAAAAACUGGGAAAGUUUGGUGCCAGCAGAAAGCGUUAUGUCAUCAAGACUUCAAACCUCCCGUUCGCUGUCCGCUGGUGCUGCCGAUACAUCACGAAAGGAAGUCACAAAUUCCUUAAUCACUCAUAAUGCAUCCGCCACAUCGAGUGAUGACAAUAUCACAGAGCUCGAAAUCAGCGUAGAUCCACAAUCCGAUACAUGGCCGAAUACUUCCAUUACCUCGACUAACAGUGAAUCAAUUGAACAGUUAGAUGUAGAUAAAAUGAACAUCACCAUCAUACAAGUAUCAGCAAAUGAUAGCAAUGAACUGAAACAACAAAAAGAAACAAAAACCAGUGCAAAAGUGUCCAAUAAACGGGUCACUGGGGAAAUUUUCAAAUUCCCUGAUGCCGUACAGACCGAGUACAAAAGCAAUGUGCAAAUCAUUCCGUCCACAAAAUCAAAUAGUAGUACAAUACAGGUACUAGGUACUAAAACCACUACUACAGCAACAACAACAACAACUACCACAAAAACCACAUCAUAUGCAACACCAGUGAAAAGGCCGAACCAAAACAUUUUAACAGCAACAACAACAGCGAAUUUACCCGCAGAGGAGUUGAAAAUAACAACGGUACAUGUAACAGGCAAUAACCCAGUAGUAGCUGCCAAAGCGCCAGAAGCGCACAACACCAUUGUUUCCAAUGCCGUUUCCUUAUAUGGCACAUGUUACAACUCAUCUGCAUCCAGUUCGACGGCUCAGCCAACAAACGCGUCCAGCAAUAAUGGGACGCCUAAAAUGAUGAAGAAAAUCAUACUUUCAGCUAAUACUUCAGGCAUAACAAAUAUAACGGUGGAUAAUGCUAGUACGUCAAACAGACCGGACAGAUAUGUUAUCGCGCCAGAAGCAACUAUCAAACAUAAUGCUGGAUCGGUUCACUAUGAAAAGGUCUUUCUAUCUUCUAGUAAUCCUCCAGAGCUAGACAUCUCGUCAAACCCUACGCUCAUUGGUACCGUAACGAGCACGGUGCCGCCACUAUCACCCACAUUAAUCAGUAACUCAACGACGCAUGCGCGCGCUGAGGUGGCAUCUAGUUCGACUGGUAAAUCCGAAAACGAAUAUGUUUCCAAGCCGUCUUCCCCAAUACCCCAGAGAGAUGCACAUAAGCAAGUCAAGCCCACGCCAGCAGCUCGUACUAUUAGUCCAACACCACAUGUUGAAAUACCCUCACUACCCCCGAAAAGCCGCCACAAAUCAAUGCAAUCACCAUUAAUGGCACGAGCGCAUCCGCCUAACGUCAGUCCCAUGUUGGAACGUCGACGCAUUACAACAACUACAAGUCUUCUAACGCGCACUACCACAUCAUCGCCAACGCCAACAUCCCAUCAAGCACCACCUGCUUCGAUACCAACAACUACAACAACAAAUACUCAAUUUCCCUUACCUAGCCGAAGUCACUUACUAACGCGCGGACUUACUGAAGCUGUGAUAACGACUCGACCGAGUCGCCGUGAUUUUCAUUUACUUAAAGCGUCUGCGGUAAAGGGAAAACCAACAGCUGUUGCAGGCAAUAAAAGUGGCAGUGCGGUGACUUCAAACAACAAUGGUGACAAUGUGUCUGUGCCGCAACCCUCAACCAGCACCGGUAGCAGUUCGAAUGCACCGCAGCACAAUCGCAGUCGCAAUAGUGAAUUAAUGGAACAACGUCGACGUAGCUCUUCUACAUCUGAUGCACGCACCGGUGCUACACGCGGUACCAACAACAAUGAGCUGCCUAGCGCACGUAACACAGCACUGCGCUUUCAACAUCCGCCCCAACCUUUUCGCAACGCCGAAAAUGGACUGGCAAAUGGUAGUGGAAACGGUGGUGUAGCUGGCAGCCACAUUGGUUUAUCAUCACCGUUGCCAUCACCCAGUGGUGCUAAUAGUUCGCCGGCGAAUAAGCGCAUGACACUGCGCGAACAUCAGGUCAUGCAAUUACGCCGUGAAAUCAUGCAUCCCGGUGGGGUGCGUCUGCAGCUGCGACGCAAAGAUUGCCUGGGCUCAAUUGCAUGGGUAGAUGCUUUUGGCGCUGUGUGGGUGGCUGGUUGGAAGCAAAAAGAACAUCCGGUGCUAUACAAUGCACUACAUAUCGGCGACCAAUUGCUCUCCAUUGCCGGUACAGCGAUAACUACAGCAAAUGAGGCCAACAAAAUAAUACGCAACACGAAUACGCUUUUUGUCGAGGUGCUCGUACGUCGCAUACCCUUCGGUCGCGGCUACGCUAUACGACGUGAGCGUGAGGGUCAGUGUUUGGGUCUAAUACGCGAUGGCAACACAGCCACCAUUGUUGAUGUAGUGCCAAAUAGCUUAGCAGCACGGCAUGGACUGCCACCCAAGGCACAAUCCUGUGAUGGCACAACACUUACAUUCUGGGUACUUACUGAGAUCAAUGGGCGACCUUUGAAUCUAUUUUUCAAAGAAAAUGAGAUACGCGAUCGCUUGAAUUCUGUGGGACGCGAUAUCUCCAUAUUGGUGCAACCUUCAGACUUAAUAACAAAGCUUAAAAAACAAUUGAAAUCGCUACGUGGCUACAAGGAUUAUCUUGUGCAAUAGUGAAAUCACUGCAACGCGUUGCAAACCCACUCAUUAGUAAUUUUUAAAAAGACAUUUAUGCAAAACAAACUAAGAAAAGAAACACUUCCAAGUUACAAAAGAAUACUAAUCCCUCAAAACUUUCUAAUGCAUAUAACUUCUAAUUAGAUUUAAAAUUGAAAAAAGAAAACUAUUAUAAAUUUAUAAACUAACAACAGCCCAAUUUUGCUUCAAAAGUAAAUAGGGCAAGAAAUGAAAAGUCGGUUUGCAGGAACAUAAUCAAGCAAUCAUAUAGUGGAAUUGUAUGCCGUUCGUUAAAAUAAGGAGAAUAUGAAACAUUUAAAGAAAACCCGUUUAAAAAUUAAAUAAAAAAAUAUAUAUAAACAUUCCAUUUUUAAGAGACAUUUUUAUGCAACUUUGCCGAGUCAAUUUAGCCAUUAAGUAGCGUAUAAAAAGUGAUAAAGGACAACGUUCAUACAUACAUAUAUCUAUAAUAAAUAUCUCUGUAUGCAUGUUCCAUAUACAAGUGCAUACACGCAUGCGUGCAAACAUAUGUAUUUUUGCAACAUUGUAAUCUCUUAUUAUCCAAGUGCAUACUAUAUUAUAUAGGUUGAAAUUUAUCGUAUUUACAUAUAAGUAAAUUUUUGAAACACUUAAAACUACUUAGUAUUAUAAUGACAUACACGUAUGUAUAUGUUAUGUAUCAAAAAGAAAAUUAACAACAAAAACUUUUAGACAAAAAUCGCACACGAAAAAUUUAGAUCUUUAUAUUAAUGAAAAAUUUCUAAUACCCAUUGGAACAUCUAAAAUUGUCAUGCAAUAUUAUAGUGCCUGUAAUUUUAGUUAAUCGCAUAUGGACAACGUGAUAAAACUUUUUUGUAACCUUAUAACUUACAAACAUAAUCACUUAAUAUUUUUAAUUUCCGUUUUUUUUUAUAA